ACAUGACCUCUGUUCCGGAAGCCUGUUUAAAUUUACCCUACUGGGGACCAGUUUUUCAAGAUAGUGUGGACUUUGGGCGUCGCUUAAGUAUUCGUUCUGAACCGGAAGAUCAGGAAUCGGCGACUGCACCUAUCGCGAUGGAAACCGACGGACCGGAAGGUACUCCAGAAGAUCCCGACGCCGCCGUCUGCCCGUGCUGGUCCGCUGUACCGGUCGAAUCUGGAGAUACACAAGCUGGAGACGAGGAUGUUUGCGAUCCAGCUGCACAUCUGGGCACGCUUUUGCCGCAGUUAAAUUUGCCCGCCAAUUUACCCGCUAUGAUUCAUCAACCGGUGGCCCGGUUUACGGUCAAAGACCCACACCUUUUGGCACCACCGGACUUUAUGACUCCACGUAGGUGCACGCGCACAGUCCAAUGUUUUUUAUUAGGCUGA